GUAUAAAGAAAGCUUUUAGGGUAUAUUAUAAAAACGUUAAAAAAGAUUUACAUUUGGACACUACUAAAUAAAUUUAAUUACUACAGUACAGUCUUUUUGUCAUUCUUGAAAAUUAUGUCUUUCGAUUAUUCUCAGGAAGUUAUUAGAGAUUGUGAGAAAUUACUUGAAACCGACGAAGGAUAUGAUGUUAUUAUUUAUGCCGGUGAAAAUGAAAACGUGAAAGAAAUACAUGCAUUUUCAAAUCUUUUACGCAUUAGAUCUAAAUAUUUUCGUGCGGCCCUCUCUAAAGAAUUGAUCAAAAAUUGCAAGAAUGAAAAAUUUAUUUUUAAUUUCCCUAAUAUUUCUCUUCAAUUUUUAAAAAUUAUUUUAAGGUUUAUUUAUUGUGGAAAGGUUGACUUAACAAACUUACAAGGACCGGAUGUUUUAAAGCUUUUGAUAGCAGUAGAUGAAUUUAAAAUACAAACGCUAAUUCUUUGUAUUCAAGAAUAUCUGACUAAACAUCAACAUGGAUUUUUACAACAAAAUCCUAUAGAAAUUCUUGAAACAAUCUAUCAACAUGAAACUUUCACAGAUUUAUGGAAUUAUUGCCUUAAAGAAAUUUGCACUAAACCAGACAUAUUAUUUAAAUCUGAUAAAUUUGUCAAUUUGAAAGCACCUUUAUUAGAAUUACUUUUAAAACGAGAUGAUUUGUCAUUGGAUGAAAUUGCUAUUUGGGAUAGCUUGAUCAAAUGGUGUUUUUCUCAACAUCCUUCUAUUCAGAAAGAUGUUAAGAAAUGGAAUAAAGAAGAAAUUGUAAUUAUGGAUAGAACUAUUCAUGGAUUUAUUCCAUUAAUAAGAUUUUAUAAUAUUUCUUCAGCAGAUUUUAUAACUAAAGUAUACCCUUUUAAAAAAAUAUUACCAAAGGAUUUAGUUAAUAAUAUACUUGUGUUUCAUAUGGCUCCAGAUAAACAAUUAAAUAUUAAAAUACAGUCCCCUAGGAAACGAAAAUUUGAUUCUAUCAACGCAUUAAGUCCAACUUUUUUAAGGUUACGGCAUCUUGUAAUUGCAGAAAUAAGCUCUUUGAGUUCUUGUCGUGCUGGUGAGUUAAGGGGUGGUAAGCGACCUGAUCUUUUUGUAGGCAGUUUUACAUAUUAUGGUGCAUUCUUUGGUGUAGGCAGUGAUUUAUGUUUUAAUGAUGGGAUAUGGUAUGACUGUACAAAUAGUUCAUCCUCUUAUCCUAAAAUUGAUGUACCGGAGAAUGGGUUUAAAGCCAAUGAUUAUGAAGUUUUUCAAGUUUUUAAAAAAUAAUUAGAUUAGCAUUCAUUACUAUUAAUUUAUUUAUUUUUAAUAUGGUAUUCUUCAAUAUUAGGAAUGAU